UAUAUUCACCGGCGAUCGCACGACCACCAGUCAAACCGUUAGUGUUCAGCGAUCGAACAGAACGCGCAUCGCAUAAUUAUAUUAAUUAUAGCGAAAUAUACACGUCACCAUCUGUUUUGUAUCGGUAGCAACGAAGAACCGGUGUUAAGGUCAUAAACGAAACAGUCCAACAGCAAAAUGAGUGAAACAAAAGUGCAAGAUAACCCCAAGAUUCUCUCGGGUCCCGUCCUAACGAAUUCGCCCAACGCGGUGCUGUCCAAAACCCUGCUGAAUCGGUACAAGGACCUGCCGUUGCCUGGCGACAAGGUCUUAGCUACUUACAUCUGGAUUGAUGGCACAGGCGAGCAUAUGCGGUGUAAGGACCGAACUAUCACCGGUAUACCCCGAGCUGUGAAAGAUUUGCCAGUCUGGAACUUUGAUGGCAGCUCAACCGGGCAGUCAGACAGUCACAACUCCGACACAUUCCUGGUGCCACGAGCCCUGUACAAGGACCCGUUCCGGCGCGGCAACCACGUGCUGAUCAUAUGCGACACCUUCAAGUACAACAUGGAGCCCACGGCGACCAACCAUCGGGUCAAGUGCCAGGAAGCGGCGGACAAAUGCGAAGACGAGGAACCGUGGUUCGGCAUCGAGCAGGAAUACACGCUCCUCGACGCUGAUCUCAGGCCUUUCGGAUGGCCAAAAGGCGGCUUCCCCCCACCACAAGGCCCUUACUACUGCGGUGUUGGUUCUAACAAAGUUUUCGCCAGAGAUCUCGUAGAUUCACACUACAGAUGCUGCCUCUAUGCUGGUGUGCCAAUCGCUGGCACCAACGCCGAGGCAAUGCCCUCGCAGUGGGAGUUCCAAGUGGGGCCUUCUGUGGGUGUCAGCGCCGGAGACGACUUAUGGGCCGCACGCUACAUCCUGCACCGCCUGGCUGAGGAGCAUGGAGUCAUCGUCAGCUUCGACCCCAAGCCUGUGCAAGACUGGAACGGCUCGGGAGCGCAUACCAACUUCUCUACUAAGAUGAGGCAGUCGAACGGCAUUGUUGAAAUCAACAAGGCGAUAGAAAAACUCUCAAAAACUCACAUGAAACACAUCAAGGUGUACGACCCCCGCGGAGGAAAGGACAACGCGAGAAGGCUGACUGGCAAAUAUGAAACUGCCAGCAUAAACGAGUUCAGCUCAGGUGUGGCCAGCCGCAGCUGCAGUAUUCGUAUCCCGCGACAGGUAGCCGAAGAGAGGAAGGGUUACCUGGAGGACAGACGGCCGGCCUCCAACUGCGACCCUUACGCCGUCAUCAACGCGCUUCUGCGUACCUGCAUCCUUGACGAAUAAGCCAAGUUUCAUGUGCCUUAAUAAGUUAAGCCAUAAGCCAUAGUAUUUACGUUAAAUAAAAUUCUACUAUUAAAAAUUAUAAAAAAAA